AUGGCCGAAAUCUUUGGCGUUGCCGCUGGUGCUUUGAGUACUGCAGGACUCUUCAAUAACUGUGUUGAUUGUUUCAACUAUAUCCAAAUUGCUCGACAAUUUCGCCAAGACUUUUCCCGAUACCGACUCCGGCUUGAUGUUGCCAAAUGCCGACUGGCGAGAUGGGGAGCAGCCAUUGAUAUCAAUAACGACCCACGAUUCUCUCACAGCGAGUCGACGGAUCGAACAGUAGCCAUAGCCCAGAGUAUCCUCCAAGAGAUAGUGGCUCGGUUCGAGACAGUACAGAAGAUUUCCAGUCGUUAUGCAAGGGACAUUGAACAAUCAAGCAUGGAGGUUUAUACAGAAGCAGACCUUGGUCCAGUGCCACGGCGCUUACACAAUAACUUUCGGGCGCUCACCAUUAAACGAUAUACUAGUGUUGGCUUAUUGAAAAAGACAAGCUGGGCACUUUAUCAUAAGAAGCGUAUGGAGAGCUUAAUCGACGACAUCAUUGCAUCAAUUGAAGACUUGGAAACGACUCUACCUGCUUCUCCCGGGGCUGUAAGCCGACUAGUCGAGAUAGAAAUUGAGGAAGUCAAUGACGAGCAGGAACUUCGAAUGGUCCAAGACGUCGCUGAAGGCUUGGAUCCUAUCUUAUAUGAUCUCUCAAAGGAGAAACUCCAAGAAAUUACUGGUAAGAACUCAGCUGGGCGCAUUUCUGGGUCAGGAGCUGUCAAUAUUGGCAACACUUUUGUGAAAGAAUCGUUCCUACAAUCGAAGGGGUUCAAAGACCACACGACCAACUAUGUCAAUGAAGUAGACACCGCAGAGACAGGAAGGGUUAAUAUUGGUAAUACUUAUGGUGGAAAAGGAUUUUGGGACUAA